CCCAAGUUUCGCUUGUCAAUAUUUUCGUUUAGGCAAAUUCUCUUCACUAUAAUAAGUAUUUUAAAUGUAGUUGAAAUACUUUUAGACGACAAAUUAUUAAGAUUCGAGAAGCCAAAAUUUGGUAUUAACAUCAGGAGUCUCCGAAAAGGAGUGGGGGCAGCUAGCUAAUCGAGGGAUGAAUGCUCGGCUGAUCCUGAGGCAGCUUCCCAAUCACUUGAUCUUUCGCAUCCUGCAUUAUUCCCUGAUCUCCCAGCAGCUGCGGGACGAGCUGGUAGUUUCUGCAGGAUCCUUCAGAUUAAAGGGGGGUGGAAACAAGGUGCUGGAGUGGCAGCCCUUCGUCCUGUGGCUUGCCAACUUGCUGCUGAACUACGCUGGCGAUAUCCUGGGCAACCUGCUCUUGGGUAGUCUGCCAUUGGAGCCACUGUGCAAUACCGCAGAUAUCCUGCUCAGUUCGUUGAUCUGGUACUGCAUCUUUUACUGUCCUUUUGACCUGGCCCACGCCGUGACCAGCACUUUGGCCUUUCGCAUCCUGGCCACCGCCAUGUCGACAAUUAGCCAAGUUCAGCUGAUCGAUCGAGGAGUCCAUUUGGCGGGACAGGUCUACGAAAAUGCUCCAGUCCCGAUGCUAGUGGUGGGCACUGUCAUGGGCAGUGGAGCCGAAGUACUUAAACCGGUGGCGAGUCUUUUAAUCAAUAGAUGUCAACGCAACCAGAUGGCGUACCUAAAGUUGAGCAACACUUCAAAGGUUGCACUCUUCCUCUCCCUCCUCUUCAUGUUGGAAAUCUAUAAAAAUCCUAUGAUUAUGGGCAUUAACAGGCAUCAACUUAUGGUCUACAUCCUAGUGAUGACCACCGCCUUUAAGUUCCUGUCGCUGUGCUAUCGAACGGAUCAUAUCAUUUGGCUAUUCGAGCACCAUAUACGGUACACCCUUUUUGGUGGCUUCUCCAGGGAUUUAAGCAAGUUCUUCCAACGCCUGCUGGAGCCUAAAGUCCGGCGAACGUGGGCGUUUACGGAAUUUGAUUGAGACCCUCGUGUGCAUUGCGCAAUCGUAUCAAACCACACGCUCUCCACAUCCCCGCCAGAUUGGGUGGUGAGGGUGUUGGUGGGGCUGCAGGUCUAAGCGGCUUAAGUUACCGCCCCGUCCAGCCAAGCGAUUGGUAGAUGUCUCGCUUGAUCGGGUUACGUAUGCUAAUCAGCUUAGAAGCGCCCACUGGUGGUCAGAGGAGCGAUGGAGCUACGGAGGAAACGGAGGAAGAGCUCGGUUACGGCCACAGGUUAGUGGAUGCUCCAGUGUGCUCACACAGCUGUCGAGUGAAAUUCAUGCCUGACUAUAAAUUCGUGCCUUUCAAUAAAAACUAUAAAACUAAACAAUAAAA